AUGGACAAAGCAAUCACUCCUACACAGACUAUCCCAUUAAGUACAAUAGCGAGAAGAAGAAUGCGUACUUCUCGAGAGGAAAUGGCCAUCUUGGAUGAAUUUUAUCGGAAAAAUCCCAAUCCAAACCAAGAAGAAAAAAAAGAGAUAGCCAAGAUCGUUCAUAUGGGUCCCAAGAACGUUCACUUUUGGUUCCAAAACAGAAGAGCAAAGGAUAACAGAAAAAAGAAAGCCCUUCAACAACAGUCAGGUCAACCUAAAGUUCAGCAGCCUUCGCCCUCGUCUUCUCGCUCAAAGGAGCACUUUUUACGAAGCUCUACAAACAUCAACAACGUCGGCAAGCGGCCUUUGGAUAACCCUGCAACCGAAGCUUUGCAACUGCCGCCCAUUUCUGAUCUCAUAAUUACUCCUGUUCGUGAUCUUGAUAUCCCUUUCUACUUUUAUCAUUCAACGUUUGGUAUCGAAGAGAGUCUGGUGCAAUGGACUAAGGGAAGAGAAAAUAAGCCUUCAAAUUAA